GACUACGAGCUUAGCAAUUAGUGACGCUGCAGUUUGGCUGAUCGUCCGAACAAGGAAUUCAACCAUGAGCUGCAGCUACAUUCUGGCCGGUAUUCUGGCCGUGGCCUUCACGACAUCGGGAGCCGCAGCGUCAGCGACCUCGUGUGUCAACAUUACUAUCAACAAUAUACUGGGCAUCGGCAACUGUGUUGGCAAUUCAACAAACUUCUGCGGCAGUGGCAAUACAAGUUCUACGACUCAAGGCAUCACGACGAUAACCAGAUGUGCCAUCCAAGGUAUCUACCGGAGUAGUUCGCCUCAAGGAAUCAUCAGUGCCCUGUUGCCCCUGCUCCUGAUACCGGUGACUCGUCAGAUUCCGAACAUGUCAUCUGGCCUAAACAUUCCUUUCCUGGGUGGACUGAACCUUGGCGCUUUGAACCUCGGUGGCCUCAACAUGGGCGGGAUGAACAUGGGUUCCCUCAUCAGGAACGACUCCUGCAAUGGCUCCAUCAACAUCGGCCUGCCUGCCAUGGGCAACAUUGGCAACUGCUCUGGAGACGUGUUGAUGAUGUGCACGGCUGGAUCGCCGACCACGACAAACAUGAUGGUGUCUGAGUUCCAAGUCCUUGCUUGCAUCCUGCGUCAACUUCCCGGGAGCCAGCUCGUCACGGCAUUCCAGGGCAUCGGCUGCCUUCUGCUGCAAGCCGUGAACACGGCUGCACAGGGAAACAUAGCGCUUCAGGUGGCUCUGAUGGGCAUUCGGUCGACGUUCCUGUCGACGCUCGGCAUUCAGUGCCCUACGCUUCCGAGCCUGCCCAUUGGCUGAAGACACGCUUCAGAAACAACGAUCAACACACGACAGGACACGCACAACGAUCACGGGAAAUGAAGCACAUUUUCGUCCUUAGUAAUAAAAACUCAACAUCUCUCUA